AUGCUCGUUGUUACUCGAGAAAAAAAACGACAAGAGACUAGAUCAUUUCCGGGGUUGGUUCUAGGUCGAAAAUAUAUUAUAAUCGCGAGCCCUACCCGGAAAGAAGCCUCAGAGGACAGCGGUGUUCGGGUGCUGCAGAGAUACAUCUCAGAUGUCAGGCUAUGUCAUGUAAAGUCAGAGUAACAGCGGGUUUAAACUUUAAUUUUACCCUGUGAGACGCGUUUUACUCUCUGUCUUCCACUUUGGGCGCACACUGAGCAGCUGAAACGGUGAUAUGUGGUAGCAGGCAGCAGUAUGCCGUACGUGGACAGGCAGAACCGUGUGUGUGGCUUUCUAGACAUCGAGGAGAAAGAGGGUAGCAACCGCUUCCAGAGACGCUACUUUAUACUGGACACACAGGGCAACACACUGCUGUGGUACAUGGACAACCCCCAGAACCUGCCCAGUGGAGCGAACUCAGUCGGGAGUCUGCAGCUGACAUAUAUCUCCAAGGUGAGCGAGGCCACAGGGAAACAGAAGCCCAAGACUGAGUUCUGCUUCGUGAUCAAUGCAGUAUCUCGGCGGUAUUUCCUCCAAGCCAACGAUGCUGCUGACCUCAGAGACUGGGUCCUUGCUCUCAACAAAGCCACCAAGAUCACUGUCCCUAAAGCUGGACCUCUCCAGCCCAGGUCAGAGGUUUCGCCGGUAACCGGUGAGGCAGGGGGGAAGAGGCAGGCCUACAAGACUGAGAUCAUCGGAGGAGUGGUGGUGCACACCCCCAUGUACCAGAAUGAGGGGGAGGAGAUGGAGGUAGGGGACAGGAGGGUCAACUCUGUAGGCAUUAGACCAGGCGUGCUGAGGUGUGGCUACUGUGUCAAACAGGGUAACAUGAGGAAAAGCUGGAAAAGGCGUUUCUUCAUGCUGGACAACAAUGCUGUCAGUUACUACAAGUGUGAGACGGAUAAGGAGCCGCUAAGAGCGGUUCUUCUGAGAGACAUUCAGAAGGUCCAUGAGUGUCUGGUCAAAUCUGGGGACCUGCUGAUGAGGGAUAACCUGUUUGAGAUCAUCACCAGCUCUAGGGUUUUCUACGUCCAGACAGACACUCCAGAGGACAUGCAGGGCUGGAUCAGAGACAUUGAGGGGAAGAUACAGGACUUCAGAGGCCCUGGCAAGGGCUCUGCAUUCACACGUGCCUCCUCUCUGUAUCGCCCUGGUAACUCCUCACACCCACCCUCUGUGCUCCGUGGUCGUCAGGGAGAUGACAAGAGAUCCCCACUAGUGAAGUCAUGUUCCGUGGCCCCGGGGUGGCAGCCCUGGACCCCCGUACCACAAAGAGAGGCUCCCGCACUGAGCACACUAGAAAAGGACGGUCCCUUUAGCUCUCUGCUGCCCAGUCUCUCCUCUCUCUCUCUCUCCACCUCCUCCUCCACCUCCUCAUCUUUAUCCUCCCUCUCCACUCCCACCCCACAGGGGGUCCCAGCUCCAGCCAGUGGUGUGGGGGUCCCAGCCUGCCCAGGCACCAUAGCCCCAGGCCCCUCCAGCAGCCGGAGGAGACACCGCUCUCAGCCUCAGCCCCCCACAGACCGCAGCUUCCCUUUCAGCCUGGACCACGAUGGCAUCCGCACCACCGACGUCUAGAACCAACAUAACUCAGGAUCCAACAAUAUGUAGAACCACCAACACCUAGAACCAAAAUCUAGAGCAACAAUGACACUUGUUUGAGUGCUUUUCCCUUUGAAAGACUAAACCUUCCCUCCCCCACCCCCUCUCCUCUGAGAGUUCCAUAGGCCUGCUGCUGUAGCUGCGUCUGCUGGGGGUCUGUUUGCUGAAGUAGCCCACUCCCCCUCUCUCUCUGGAGGCCUGUGGCCCCCUGCUGGUAUGGGAGGGUAGUGAUGCAAACUGGGGUUCCUGGAUGUGUUCUCUCAAUGAGGGGUGUGUUAGUGGCUGUGGGCUUCUGGCAUAAAGGGUGUCUUGGAGAGAGCAGUGUUGGGGAGACUGGGAGGGGUUAUCAGUGUUGGAGUGUCUGGUGAACUGCGAAGGGGUACGUUAUGUGUUAUUGUACGAUUUCCUCUUAACCUGAAUGUAGUUCUCCCAUGUACUGAGAUGAAGGAAGGUUUGUGUUGUGGUAGAGCCUGGUCUGUCUUCCAAAUACCCUCCAAUAGUAUUAGUCAGCUGGUCUUUUACCUGUAUUAACCAAGGCUAUGUCCCAAUUGGCACCCUAAUUCACUAUGUCGUGCAGUACUUUUGACCAGAUCAUUAUGGGCACUGGUCAAAAGUAUUACACUAAUAUAAUGAAUAUGGUGCCACUGCCAAUUGGGACGCAACGCAAGAGUCCCAUUCAAUCCAUAACCUGGUCAUGGAAUAGUGGCGAUGUUAGUGUCUGUGGCUCUGCUUGUCUCUGUAGACAAUCUUGUUCCCUUGUUAGACUAUAUCCAAUUGCAUUAAAUUGCUACAUCAGCAACACAUUUUAUAUA